AUGGUUCAGCUGCGCCAGCGGAAGACAAAGCCCUCCUACGCUUCGUUUAUUGAAUUAGAGGAAGAUGACGGCUAUAUGCUAGAUUGGGGUGCGGCUCACGAGGGAAGUGCUGGGCCAUCGGUCACCCGCUCAGGGCGACCUCUGAUCGAAGAUCAGGCAAGUGAGAGCGAAUUUGACCCAGAAGGCGAAAAGGGGGAAGGAGAUCUUGGUUUUGAGGACAUGCUUGUUGAUGAUGAUAGUAGUAAUUCUGGUCAAAACCUUGACCUUCUGGAACCUUCUGCAGGAGAGUCGACGUCUGGAAAUAUCCCUUUGGGGAGAUCUCGUCGUACUUUAGCUUCAAGCAGCGAGUUGGCCAAAAAACAGCGAGAGAAGACUCAACGUCCGACAAGUGAAUGGCUCAACUCUGUGCCCAUUAUCCAUGCGUCUAAAUCUCGUGCUGGCAAUAAAACUACAUCUGCGUCUCGCGACAAUUCUGUAAGAGUCCGGCCCUAUCCCGCGUUUGUGCCUCCUGGGACUUCCUUCCGCUUGACAACCGAGCCUCGACCAUUUUGGGAACCGACCCUAUCGACCAUGCCAUCAAUUGACUACAGACAUGUACACAAACUCACCCAAGCUUGGUCGCGCAGCCUCUUUCCAGGGCCUGCCUGGGAGCUGAUGGAAGAUAUUGGAUGGUACAAAGAACGAUUGUAUCAACCAGAUGGCACUCACCCUAGGCCACUGACACUCGUUGGCGUCUCUAGUAGUGCCUCCGAUCUUGAAAUAUUGACCACAAUCGAUGGGCGUAAAUAUCUGCCGUCUCCGACUGCUGACGAUGAGAGCGAGAACUGGACACCACCUCCACCUGUUGACUGCUUCUUUGGUCCGCUCGGAGAUCAAACCAUCGUGUCUCUAGGGACAUUCGAAUCUGUUUCCCUAGCGAAGUAUCUCAGCACAUCGACCGCCCAAGUUUUCAAUGUUGGGGGGCCUGCAUGGGGACUUGAUUGGUGCCCAAUGACGGAUGGAUUGUUGAAAGAGAGAAACUAUCGUAGAUAUCUCGCCGUUGCAACUUUCCCCAACAUAAAAUUUUCUCUGUCCCCUUCACCAGACACGGCAUUCUCAAGGCCGGCGUGCCUACAGUUAUGGAGUUACGGUCCACCGGUAGAGGAGGCAUCCGGCCUCGAUGCAAACGUUAAAUGUGAAAUGAUACUCUGUGUUGAUGAUGGACCCUCAUUCGAAAUAAAAUGGUGCCCUUUGCCUUCUCAUGAUUCAGUGAGUUACCCAGCCAACAUUGAAUCAGCAGUUCCAAAACUCGGUAUUCUUGCAGGAGUAUUCACGGAUGGCUCGCUCUCGAUCCACUCCGUUCCUGAUCCCCACCAUUUGAGAAGUAACUUGGGUCAGGAUGUUGAAGAUCCGAUAUAUAUGCAUACCAAGGCAAUUUUCAAGGUUUUCCCCAGUAACUCGGCUUGUACGUGUCUGAGUUGGGCAAAUAGCGAACUACUUGCUGUUGGAUGCACCAUUUUGGUAUAUCAUAUCAAAGAGGCACUGCUACACCGGAAACCAGGGGAGACAGUCAUCGAUCCUCUCCCGUAUGCGGUCAUUCCUGCAGCCCAGAUCGCAAUUCGAUCCGUCACCUGGGCGCGCCAGCCGCCAUACAUAUUCUCUGACGGAGAACUGAAGGGAGAUAUCACUUCUGAUCCCACAACGAUAUUGGCCACCUCUUACUCUGGAACUAUAACCAAGCUUAUCCGGCUUUCCGGGCCAGAGGCUAGCUGGAGUUAUUCCAGGUAUAUCCCGUACUGUGUCGAGCACGCCCCAUACAUCGGGGGAGUGCUUGUACCCGAGCAUGAUAACCUCCUGAAAUAUUAUGGGCUAUUUCCGCAACUCAUCGGUCAUGGUACAACAACUCUCAUUGCCAAUGGCCCUAUAUGGGACAUUUCGACAUCCGAUUUUCACCCAUACGUUGCUGUUGCCUGUUCGGAUGGCUCUGUAAUGACAAGUUGCCUGAUGAAAAACGUUAGGAAAGCAGGCUCGUCCGCGCCGAUUCUCCAAUGGAAAGCCUAUCAAAUGGACUAUAACUCCCACACAAAUCAGUACCGGAUGCUUGAUAAUUUCUUGCCAAUGGAAUUGACUGAACGCUCACAGACAACGAAGAACGCAAAGAGGCGUAAAGGUGAAUCCGGUGCAGUGGCUCCUCAGGAAGGGCGCAGUUAUGACGGGUCCGGUGCCUGGCCUGCUGAAGUCGGUGUCCAUCGUGUAGCGUGGCAUUCUGGUGGGGGACUGCAUUCUGCGCCUCUCCUAGCGAGUGCGACGGCCAGUGGUUUAUGCAGGAUCGAAUGGAUGAAGGGCCGAGGCCAGGAGGGGAUAAAUUUGUAUUCCAUGAUUCAGCAUCUGAGAGGUGGGGAGACUGUGGCAGCGAAAACCGUUCUAAGCGAUACAGAAGAUGGCUAG